CCAUGUGGACUAUAAAUAAGUCCGAACUCCACCAGCAGUGCUGCUCCGUGAACGGCCCGCUUACUCGCAUAGAUCCUCAAAUUGCGCAGAAAAUCCAAUACAGCCAAUGGCAGCGAAAAAGGGGGUCUGCCAUUGCCAAGAUAGUUGGGGCUAAUGCAGCCAAGCACGCAAUGUUUGAUGACACUGUGAACAUGUGGGUGUUCGAGGAGGUGGUGAAUGGACGCAAGCUCACCGAAAUCAUCAACACGGAGCAUGAGAACGUCAAAUACCUGCCAGGACACAAGCUGCCUCCUAACGUGGUGGCUGUUCCAGAUCUGCUGGAGGCUGUGAAAGGAGCAGACAUCCUUAUCUUUGUGAUCCCCCACCAGUUCAUAAACAAAACCUGCGAAACAAUCAAAGGACACAUCAAGAAAGAUGCAGUAGGAAUGUCCCUAAUCAAGGGUGUGGAUGAGGGCCCAGAUGGGCUGAAGCUCAUUUCCGAUGUGAUCAAAGAGAAACUGGGCAUCACCAUGACUGUGCUUAUGGGGGCCAACCUGGCCAACGAAGUGGCUGCUGAAAAAUUCUGCGAAACCACCAUUGGCUGCAAAAGCAAGGAACAUGGGCCCCUGCUGAAGGAACUUAUGCAGACCACAAACUUCCGGGUUACUGUCGUAGCAGAGGCGGAUGUUGUAGAGAUCUGUGGAGCUUUGAAGAAUAUUGUGGCCGUUGGUGCUGGAUUCUGCGACGGCCUGGGCUUUGGUGACAAUACCAAGGCGGCGGUGAUCCGUCUAGGCCUGAUGGAGAUGAUCGCCUUUGCACGCAUCUUCUGCACGGCUGGGCCCGUCUCGCCCGCUACGUUCCUUGAGAGCUGCGGCGUGGCUGACCUGAUCACCACCUGCUACGGCGGGCGCAACCGCAAGAUCGGCGAGGCUUUUGCCAGGACAGGCAAGACGAUCGAGGAGCUGGAGAAAGAGAUGCUGAACGGGCAGAAGCUCCAGGGUCCAGCCACAGCGGCUGAAGUGAACCAUAUCCUCAAGCAUAAAAACCUGGUUGACAAGUUUCCGCUGUUCAGUGCAGUGUAUCAGAUCUGCUUCCAGGGUCAUCCAGUAAAUGAGUUCAUCAACUGUUUGCAGAAUCACCCGGAGCACAUGUAACUCACUGGCAGCCAGAGGUUUUAUUCACAUCAGCGGUUUAAGGAAAGAAGAGAAGACUUUGCAGUGGAGGAUGGAACUAUGGCUGAACUGAGGAUGCCUUCUCCAGAACAAUGUUUCAAAAUGCUCUGAGUGUCAUAGCUUCAACACCAAAAAGCCUUACCAUUACCACACCACAAAAAAAAAAAAAAGGAAUGUUCUGCCACUUCAGGAUGGAGGUGCCUAUGUCUUGUUAAGGAUGUUGCAUAACCCUGAAACAGGUGUCCUUUCUAAAGGAUUUGUAUUGGAAAUGACUCCUAACUGUCUUAAACACAGCCUGUCUCAAGUGAGCAGGCUGUUACGUAACACUAGUCUGUGUGGUAAUGGAAUCUUAUGGACUGUGGCAACUGAGGGUAAGAAAUGCCUUAAAAUGCCUGACUUAACACUUAAUCCUGUUCAUACUAGUUUUCUGUUAAACAGAACAUACACAAAUAACCACAGCUGACUACUUGUACCAUGGCAUUGAGUGCUGCCCCUUUUAUAAUCUGUCUUUUAUUCUAAAUUCAUGGUUCCAAAUAUAGUAUGCUGUUAACAAAAGUUUUUUUGAAUUCAGUUAAUGAAAUGGUAAAAAACUAAAAACUUCUCAAGUCUUAUAUUUUUACUUUAUACUUGCAUAACCUUAUGGUUUUUCAGAGUAUAGUACAACUUCAGCAUGAACUCUGUCAGCUGAUUGCAAUUGGUGAAAUCAAAUUAAUGUUUGAAGCCAAACAAACUGAAUGUCA